GCGCAUGUAGCCGUAACUACUUUUCUUACACGGAUGACUUCCGGAUUCAAUAGAAAACCAGUGGCAGUGUUUUUAGCAGACAACUCUGCAUCUGAAUGGUAAUAAUUGUCCAGAGAAACAUAGGAGACUGGACUCUGACAGAUUAAGCAUCGUGAGCAUUGUUAUAAAGGGGUAGAGAUGUCAGGAAAUUACUAUUUUGUUAUAGUUGGUCACCAUGACAACCCAGUGUUUGAGCUUGAGCAUAGUAGCCAAUCAAGAGCUGCUGAAGCAAAGAAAGAUGAUCAUAGACACCUGAAUCAAUUCAUAGCUCAUGCAGCAUUGGAUAUGGUAGAUGAACACAUGUGGACGACACCAAAUAUGUAUCUCAAGACAGUUGACAAGUUCAACGAGUGGUUUGUUUCAGCAUUCGUCACAGCGGGAAGGAUGAGAUUUCUUGUUCUACAUGAUAUCAAGAAUGAAGACGGGAUCAAGAACUUUUUCUCAGAAGUAUAUGAAAUAUUCAUCAAGUAUUCCAUGAAUCCAUUCUAUGAGCCAAGCAGUCCAAUCAAGUCACCAGCCCUUGAAAAGAGGAUACAACAACUUGCCAAGAGAUUCCUUACUAGCUGAGUUAUCAUCAUUGUUAUCAUGAUUAUGUCAUAGUACUCUAUCAGUGUUGCAUAAAGAGCAGUUAUAUAUAUCCCAUUCAAGGAAAGGCUUCUGCAAUGUUGACAUUGUUAACGGUUUUCCCCCUUUCUUUCGGAAUGUCAUGACAUCAUAUACUGCACAUGUAUGUUGCAAAAGGAAUUUGAAGGAAUAGUGUAUGCUCUGAUUUAUACCUCAUGUUGCAUACUGAGCUUUAAUAAGAAGGUGUUGAUUUAAUACCAGAAGUAUAUGUUUCAUGGGAAUCAAACUGCCUCCAAUUGGUAUGCAUUUUUACAUCCAGAAUGCCUGUAGUAAUUGUGUUAAGAGGAGACUUGAAAAUGCUCAAGUGGUGAAGAAGUAGUAUUGUUUACUGGAAUAUCCCUGGUUACAAAAUCUGUUGAUAUGCUCUUUGGUAAGGUAUUAAACCUCUGUAACCAAGACCCUGAGGCAGGCAUUAAGAGCCAUUAGGUCCACUGUAUCUUCCCAUAGACAAGAAACCAGUGGAACCAUGGCUACCAAUGAUAUUAUCUUAUUAUACCGGUACUGAAAAAGUUAACAAGAAUAUAAACAAGCAGGACCACUGAUAAUGAGACUUUUUGUGUUCAUAAAUAUGAUCCAAAGUAACAUUAUUAAAUAAGUAUAUACAUGUAUUUAACCUUGUUUGCCUAAAAUGAUUAAAUACAUAAUGUACAUUAUGACUUAUGAGACUGACAGGAGUCGUAUUGAUGCAUGUCCAUUGGUAUGGACAGCAUGAAUGCAGUUAUGUGUUAUUUUAUAUUUUAAAAUGGCUUACCGGUAUUACAAAAAUAAAACAUUUA